GACGGAUUUUGCCGCAGAGGAUUUCAGGAAGCUAUAAAUGCAACUAUGACCUGUUGAUGAUGGACGAACCUGGAACGCAUCGAAGCUAUCCAGGGUACCAGCAGCUUCAGCCGCAUGGAAUCAGCAGCAUAAUGCUGUUUCUAAACCCGUGACUACGUCGUCGGCAUCUCAGCAAUCCAACGAUUACGCCUCAACAGCUCGUCCCGAAGCCUCACCAACUACGCCCACGCUACGAGCUCCAGCGUCACCUGUGCCGGAUGACCGUGUGCUUCAACGUCGGGUCCAACCACCGAGGAACAGAAGGCCUCCAUAUCGAUACCGGGACCACAUGUAGCUUGUGUGCUAGGUGCAGACGGGUGCAGUGUCAGAACUUGAGUGCUGCACGAACUAUGUGCACAUGCCUGUGUCUCUGCGAGCAAUUUGUCGUUUUGUUUUGUCUUUUGGCGCUGCUUGUCCUAGGCCAUGCUGUAUAAUUAUUCCAUACAGUAUUAAUAAUGAUGAGCACAUGACAUUUAUUGUGAAGAUAAUUGUAAUUAAUUGCAAAUAAUGUAUAUAUGUAUAACAACACUAAUCUAUUAUUAGUUACCUUGUUCUUGUAAGGAGGGGAAUAUGUAGUAUCUCAGUUUCACUUUCUGUUUGCCCUUACACGCCGCCAGUGGCGCCAGUGUUGUCACCUGUAUAUAUACGCCUCUGAAUAAAGAGUGCUAGUUCCGUUGCGGCCGUGACUGUAUUCGUGGUUCAUCUGCGGCUACCGCCGAAAUACAAUAUGUAGUAUCUCAGUUUCACUUUCUGUUUACCCUUACACGCCGCCAGUGGCGCCAGUGUUGUCACCUGUAUAUAUACGCCUCUGAAUAAAGAGUGCUAGUUCCGUUGCGGCCGUGACUGUAUUCGUGGUUCAUCUGCGGCUACCGCCGAAAUAGAGCAAUGGCGACGAGGAUGGGAUCUUUUCGAGGGGCGUAACCACGCCUGCAACUUUACUACGCCAUGAGCUGUAUCGGGCUCGCUCCGCCGCCCUCCUGUUCCCUGGCCGCAAUGGUACCGGAUGUUCGAGAACUUUCUGCUGGCAUCAGGAGCAUCCGACUUCAAGCCCGAACGUCGCAAGGCCCUGCUGAUACACAGCCUCGGCGUUGAGGGUCAACGUAUCUUCUCCAGCCUACUGCUUACGUCGGAUGCCGCCCAGAGCGGUGAGUCAGCUGCCGGCGGUAAACGUAGUAAGGAGAGCGGGGACACCGCUCAGCCUUCCGUUUAUGACGAAGCUAUCGAAACCUUAAAGCAACAUUUCACAAGCACAAGCAAUGUUGUCGCGGAAAGGCACCGGUUUCGCCGUCGUAUGCAACAACCGGGGGAGUCUGUACAGGAGUACGUUGCUGCACUACGUGCUCUCGCGGUAGCAUGUUCUUAUGUGUCUCUGGAAGACUCGCUUCGUGACCAGUUCGUGGAAGGGGUCGCGUCCCAGCACCUUCGCGAACGCCUUCUUCUUGAGGGCUCGACCCUCUCGUUCCCCCGAGCAGUGGCAUUAGCUUCACAAGUCGAACAGGCCAAUGAGGACAUUCGAGAAUUUGCUUCCGGCAAUGUGCAGCGCAUAUCAGGGCACUCUCGCUUGGCGCUAUACGACCAUAGAAGCACUGGAACGCGCCACCCUCCGCGUAACGACGCGUCCCUGCGUGAACCUCGUACCGAGGCGAGCCUGCAGCACGACAGCCGCCAACCUGCCUCGUAUCUGCGCCCAUACAACUCGUCCUCUCGCUGCUAUCGUUGUGGUUCGCGCCAGCACCGUGCCGCAUCACCCCGCUGCCCAGCCCAAGGUCAACGUUGCUAUCAUUGUGGUCUCAUUGGUCACUUCAGCGCGGUAUGCAACAAGAAGCGACGGGCCGUUGCAGUUCGUGAGCUUAGCGAACAGACAUUGCCCGACAAUGAAACCUUGCCCGACAGUGAAACUGACAAUGAAGCUGUGAGCAUUCUCUGUGUGACCGCGUCCGGCCGCGCCGGAAUUCUAGUCGAGGUAGCAGUUGGUCACACGACUUUAACAUUCCUUAUCGACUCUGGAUCUUCAGUCUCCAUUCUAGCGGGGGAUCUUUUUGAUAAACAUUUUGCCGAACAGGUGCUGCUGUCCGCGCCCCGUGUGCAGCUGUUAGAUUAUUCAAAAAAGCCUAUUCCAGUGCGAGGAUGCUUUCUUUCGAAAGUCUCAUACAAGGAACGCGAGGCGUCCAUUCUGUUCUACGUUGUCUCGCAAGGUACAUCGCUUCUGGGUAUCGACGCCAUUAUGGCUCUUGACUUCCAGAUUGAUGGCUCGUCCCUCCGCUGCCUUGAGACUACUACGUCAACUAGCAGUGCUACCGACGUACAAGUUCCAGUUCAGGAACCAGUUUCAUCUGCACGUCUUCCAGCACAGUUGCGCAAUGAAUUUGCAUGUCUUUUCGACUCCGCCUUCGGCCUAGCAAAUGGGUUGUACAUCGUGUCAAAGUAA